AUGGUCAACUUCACCGUCGAUGAGAUUCGAACUCUCAUGGAAAAGCCCGCCAAUAUCCGUAACAUGUCAGUUAUUGCACAUGUCGACCACGGAAAAUCUACCUUGACCGAUUCCCUUGUCCAGCGUGCCGGUAUCAUCUCAGCUGCCAAAGCUGGUGAAGCCCGGUUUACAGACACCCGCAAGGACGAGCAAGAAAGAGGUAUCACCAUCAAGUCCACCGCUAUCUCUCUGUAUGCCCAUCUACCAGAUGAGGAAGAUCUCAAGGACAUUCCCCAGAAAGUCGAGGGUAACGAGUUCUUGAUCAACUUGAUCGACUCGCCCGGUCACGUCGAUUUCUCCUCUGAAGUCACUGCUGCUCUCCGUGUCACCGAUGGUGCUCUCGUUGUCGUCGACACCAUUGAAGGUGUCUGUGUCCAGACCGAGACUGUCCUUCGACAGGCUCUUGGUGAACGUAUCAAGCCCGUCGUCAUCAUCAACAAGGUCGACCGUGCCCUCCUUGAAUUGCAAGUCGAGAAGGAAGAUCUUUACCAAUCAUUCCUGAGAACCAUCGAGUCGGUCAACGUCAUCAUCUCCACCUACUUUGACAAGGCUCUUGGUGAUGUCCAAGUCUGGCCCGAAAAGGGUACCGUGGCCUUCGGUUCCGGUCUUCACGGCUGGGCCUUCACUAUCCGCCAAUUCGCCAUCCGAUAUGCUAAGAAGUUCGGUGUCGACAAGGCCAAGAUGAUGGAGCGUCUUUGGGGCGACAACUACUUCAACCCCAAGACCAAGAAGUGGACCAAGACUGCCGACUUCGAGGGCAAGACUCUUGAGCGUGCCUUUAACCAGUUCAUUCUUGACCCAAUCUUCAAGAUCUUCGAUGCCUUCACCAAGGGCAAGGUUGACGAGCUUGUCAACUUGGCCACCAAGCUUGAUAUCAAGAUCACCAACGAAGAGAAGGAACUACCCGGCAAGGGCCUUCUGAAAGCAGCUAUGCGAAAGUUCCUGCCAGCUGCCGAUGCUCUUUUGGAGAUGAUGGUUAUCCACUUGCCAUCCCCAGUCACCGCUCAGAAGUAUCGUGCUGAGACUCUCUACGAGGGUCCCUCUGAUGAUGCAGCUUGCAUUGCCAUCCGAGACUGCGAUCCCAAGGCAGACCUCAUGCUUUACGUCUCCAAGAUGGUGCCAACCUCCGAUAAGGGCCGAUUCUAUGCCUUCGGUCGUGUCUUCGCUGGUACUGUCCGCUCUGGUCUCAAGGUCCGCAUCCAGGGCCCCAACUACAUCCCUGGCAAGAAGGAAGAUCUCUUCGUCAAGGCCAUCCAGCGUACUGUUCUCAUGAUGGGUCGCACCGUUGAACCUAUUGAUGAUAUGCCUGCCGGCAACAUUAUUGGUCUCGUUGGUAUCGAUCAGUUCUUGUUGAAGUCCGGUACCCUCACCACAUCCGAAACCGCGCACAACUUGAAAGUCAUGAAAUUCUCAGUCUCGCCCGUCGUCCAGCGCUCAGUUGAGGUCAAGAACGCUAACGAUCUACCCAAGUUGGUCGAAGGUCUUAAGCGGUUGUCCAAGUCUGAUCCUUGUGUCUUGACCAUGAUCUCCGAAUCCGGCGAACAUAUUGUCGCAGGUGCUGGCGAGUUACAUUUGGAAAUUUGCUUGAAGGAUUUGGAAGAAGACCAUGCUGGUGUACCUCUCAAGAUUGGUGACCCCGUCGUGCCAUACCGUGAGACUGUUGGACAGAAGUCAAGCAUGACCGCACUUUCCAAGUCUCCCAACAAGCACAAUCGUCUUUAUGUCAUUGCUGAACCUCUUGGUGAGGAAGUUUCCAAGGAAAUCGAGGCUGGCAAGAUCAACCCCCGUGACGACUUCAAGGCUCGUGCCCGUGUCCUUGCUGACGACUUCGGCUGGGAUGUUACCGAUGCUCGAAAGAUCUGGGCUUUCGGUCCUGACACCAACGGUCCCAAUUUGCUCGUCGACCAGACCAAGGCUGUUCAAUACCUCAGUGAAAUCAAGGAUUCCUUCGUCUCUGGUUUCCAAUGGGCUACUCGUGAGGGUCCCGUUGCCGAAGAACCCAUGCGAUCCAUCCGAUUCAACGUCAUGGAUGUCACUCUCCACGCCGAUGCUAUCCAUCGUGGUGGUGGCCAGAUCAUCCCCACUGCCAGACGUGUGCUAUACGCUGCCACUCUCUUGGCCGAGCCCGGUCUCCAGGAGCCCGUCUUCUUGGUCGAAAUCCAAGUCCCCGAGCAAGCCAUGGGUGGUAUCUAUGGUGUCCUCACUCGCCGAAGAGGUCACGUCUUUUCUGAGGAACAACGUGUUGGAACUCCUCUCUUCACAGUCCGUGCCUACCUUCCCGUCGCCGAGUCCUUCGGCUUCAACGCAGAUCUCCGCGCCGCCACAUCCGGUCAAGCCUUCCCCCAGAUGGUGUUCGACCAUUGGCAAAUCCUCCCUGGAGGCUCCGUCCUCAACAACACCACCAUGCCCGGUCAGAUCGUGGAGAAGACACGUACCAGAAAGGGUCUCAAGCCCGCUCCUCCUGGAUAUGAUAACUAUUAUGGUAAGUCCCUCACUCUAAGAACCACCCAGUUUGAGACUGGUGAAAUAGAUGAACUCCCGCUAACCUCGUCGAUAACAGACAAGUUGUAG